AUUCUUUGACUUCUAUUUUUUCUUUUUGAUGACAAGGGAAUCUGCUACUGCUACCCCUCGGGUGCGCACAUUGUAAACCCGCUUCAGAGUAAUGGCCUGCGAACCUCAAAGGAGAGGUAAACUGCACUAAGAAAGCCCCGUGCGAUGAGCUCAACCGAGAAAGCAUGCAGGGGUUUUGAACUUGAGACUCUCCAUUAUAGAGAUCCCUGCUCAACCAAUCCGGCCACCCUUCCGGGUUAAUCCUUUGACUUCUAUAUAUGUUCCCAAGGAUUCAAACAGCAUGCAGGGGGUUGUUUUGAACUUGGUAGCCAGACUUCACAUUAAAAAGCUUUCCAUGCAUAUAAAUAUAGUUGCUCUUUCUUUUUGGACAUGAUAUUGCGACAUGUAAUCCUUUAGUAUUGCAUUGGAAGUAUAAAUGGUUUAGUUUACACCUCUUGUUAGGUUGUGACCACAGCUAAUUUGAGGAAUUAACUAUUUCUUGUAAGUUUCUCUAACCAACAAUUUACAAUUACAAAUCAGAUUAUAAGCAUGCUUAUCUUUUCUCUCUUGUGAGUGGAUGAUUUAAAAUUGGGACAAGGUAUUAAACUACUGUGCUUUAUUGAACUAAGAAUCAGAAUUCCACUUCAGUAGAAUAAAAUUCUAUGAUAGCCCUAUGUUCCAACUUAGGGCAACCUUUAAGACAUGCAUUGUUUAAUGGCCUCAACUCGUAAAGACCAAAUGUUGGCGGUAUGCACAGUUCAAGAUGAGAGGAGUUUGCCUGCAAGCUUUGCCUCAUUUUUAGGGCUUUGUGGAAAGGUGCUCAUGGGAGUCUUCUUUGGGAAUCUCAUGUUCCUUGGUGUAAUUCUAUUUGGUACAAGGAGAUUUUUGAAUGCAAAAAUAGGAGAUUCAAGGCAGAACUUCCAGCCAUCUUCAUCUGCUGCCAAGCAAGGAUCUAUAGCGGGGCCGAAGGGGAAAAAGCAUAAAUCUGUAAAUCGGAUGUGCUUAAGAACCUUGGAAGCUUGCAUACCCAUCAGUCUAUUGUUCUGAUAUUUUCUUGCUGUAUGUAUCUUCAUAGGUGCUUUUGUAUACUGUCUUUAAUCUUGAGCCGGGGGUUUAUCGGAAACAGCCUCUUUACCUCUUUAGA